GAGCUCGAUACCACAGCAACAAUAUUGGCAAACCGGCAAGAUGAAAGUGAGCAGUCCAGGAAAAAACUUAUCGAGCAAAGUCGGGAGUUCAAGAAAAACACUCCAGAGGACCUGCGCAAACAGGUAGCUCCGUUACUGAAGAGUUUCCAGGGAGAGAUUGACGCAUUGGGCAAACGAAGCAAAGAAGCAGAGGCAGCCUUCUUGAAUGUUUAUAAGAGAUUAAUUGACGUUCCAGAUCCGGUUCCAGCCUUGGAUUUGGGACAGCAGCUUCAGCUGAAGGUUCAACGUAUGCACGAUAUUGAAACAGAAAACCAGAAGCUUAGGGAAACUCUAGAGGAGUACAAUAAGGAAUUCGCCGAGGUGAAAAAUCAGGAGGUUACAAUAAAAGCACUUAAAGAGAAAAUCCGAGAAUAUGAGCAGACCCUGAAGAACCAAGCGGAGAACAUAGCCCUUGAAAAGGAACAAAAGUUACAAAAUGAUUUUGCAGAGAAGGAGAGAAAAUUGCAGGAGACACAGAUGUCGACAGCCUCGAAGCUGGAGGAGGCCGAACACAAAGUUCAAGCUUUGCAAACAGCCUUGGAAAAAACCAGGACAGAACUAUUUGAUCUGAAAACAAAAUACGACGAAGAAACUACUGCAAAGGCUGAUGAAAUCGAGAUGAUCAUGACAGACCUUGAAAGAGCAAAUCAGAGGGCAGAGGUGGCUCAGAGAGAGGCAGAGACCUUAAGGGAGCAGCUCUCAUCAGCUAACAAAUCUCUCCAACUUGCCACGCAGAUCCAGAAGGCACCUGAUGUGGAGCAGGCCAUCGAGGUGCUAACACGGUCCAGCUUGGAAGUAGAACUGGCUGCGAAGGAGCGGGAGAUCGCCCAGCUCGUAGAAGAUGUCCAGAGGCUCCAGGGCAGCCUCACCAAGCUGAGGGAGAACUCCAGCAGCCAAAUCUCCCAGCUGGAGCAGCAGCUGACAGCCAAGAACAGCACACUCAAACAACUGGAAGAAAAACUGAAAGGACAGGCUGAUUAUGAAGAGGUUAAGAAAGAAUUAAAUAUAUUGAAAUCCAUGGAGUUUGCACCAUCUGAAAGCUCUGGUGGGCAGGAUGCAUCCAAACCGCUGGAGGUGCUGCUGCUGGAGAAGAACCGCUCGCUGCAGUCGGAGAACGCCACGCUGCGCAUCACCAACAGCGACCUGAGCGGGUCAGCCAGGAGAAAAGGGAAAGACCAGCCUGAGAGUCAGCGUCCUGCAACCUUGCCGGCCUCCCCUCCUUCCCAGUUGCUCCGCAACGCGGGGGAGCAGGCUUCCAAUACUAAUGGUACACACCAGUUCUCACCAACGGGUUUAAGUCAAGACUUUUUCAGCUCAUCCCUGGCGAGCCCCAGCUUACCCCUGGCCUCCACAGGAAAAUUUGCACUAAACUCUCUCCUCCAGCGACAGCUAAUGCAGUCCUUCUACUCCAAGGCAAUGCAGGAAGCAGGAAGCACAAGCAUGAUUUUUCCAACAGGUCCAUACAGCACAAACUCCAUAUCUUCCCAAAGUCCAUUACAACAAAGCCCGGAUGUAAAUGGCAUGGCCCCAUCUCCCAGCCAGUCAGAAAGUGCUGGGAGCAUCUCUGAAGGCGAGGAGAUAGACACGGCCGAAAUUGCACGUCAGGUGAAAGAGCAGUUGAUCAAGCACAAUAUUGGACAGCGGAUAUUUGGACAUUAUGUGUUGGGACUGUCGCAAGGGUCUGUGAGCGAGAUCCUGGCCCGGCCAAAGCCAUGGAAUAAACUGACUGUGAGAGGCAAGGAGCCAUUUCAUAAGAUGAAGCAGUUCCUCUCGGACGAGCAGAACAUCUUGGCUCUGCGCAGCAUCCAGGGUAGACAAAGAGAGAAUCCAGGCCAGAACCUGAACAGACUAUUUCAGGAAGUACCGAAACGAAGAAAUGGGUCUGAAGGUAAUAUAACCACAAGAAUCCGAACCACAGAGACUGGCUCUGAUGAAGCCAUCAAAUCCAUCCUCGAACAAGCCAAAAGGGAGCUGCAAGUACAGAAAACAGCUGAGCCGGCUCAGCCGCCUUCUGCCUCUAGCAGUGGCAAUUCUGAUGAUGCUAUUCGAUCCAUUCUGCAACAAGCCCGACGGGAAAUGGAGGCACAGCAGGCUGCCCUUGAACCUGCCUUAAAAACACCACCUUUAUCUCAAGCUGACAUUUCUAUCCUGUCCCCCAAACUAGUGUCUACACCUGCAAUGUCUUCGGUUUCCAGCUAUUCUCCUUUGGCCAUAUCCCUGAAGAAACAUUCAUCUGUCACUGAUUCCAGUAUCUCUGCAUUGCAGAACCUCUCUGGGCUCAAAAAGGAGCCUCAGGAGGCGCCUGUUUUAGAGCUUCACGGAAUAAGUGAUUCCGCCCAGGGUAUGUUGAGGCAUGUUAAAAAUGAGUUGGGACGUGGUGGUGUUUGGAAGGACCAUUGGUGGAAUACUGUGCAGCAUGAGAGAAGAAAUGCAGCUCUUCCCGAAGAUAUAAAAGUUGAGGAAGCCAGUGGUGGAAAAGAAAAGGUCAGCAAUCAGACUAGGCCAGAUCGUAGCCAGCUCCAAGGACCGUCUUCUUCCGAGUAUUGGAAAGAGUGGCCAAACGCGGAAUCUCCGUACUCCCAGAGUUCUGAAUUGAGCAUGACUGGGGCGAGUCGCAGUGAGACACCACAAAAUAGCCCCCUCCCUUCAUCCCCUAUCGUGUCCUUGUCCAAGCCAUCCAAACCUUCGGUUCCUCCACUGACACCCGAGCAGUAUGAGAUUUAUAUGUACCAGGAGGUGGAUACGAUAGAGCUAACGCGGCAGGUCAAGGAAAAGCUAGCAAAGAAUGGCAUCUGCCAAAGGAUCUUUGGGGAAAAGGUAUUGGGGCUGUCCCAAGGAAGUGUCAGUGACAUGCUCUCCAGGCCAAAGCCAUGGAGUAAAUUGACCCAAAAAGGCCGAGAACCAUUUAUUCGUAUGCAGCUCUGGUUGAAUGGUGAGCUGGGACAGUGUGUCCUGCCCGCACAAGGGCAGCAACAAGGACAAGUCCUUCACUCUGUGACAUCAUUACAGGAUUCCCUACAGCAGGGAUGUGCAAGCUCAGAAAGUACUCCAAAGACUUCUGCCAGUUGCAGUCCUGCUCCUGAAUCUCCCAUGAGUUCCAGUGAGUCAGUGAAAAGCCUGACUGAACUGGUGCAGCAGCCCUGCCCCGCUAUAGAGACAAGUAAGGAUGGCAAAUCCCAAGAAUCCAGCGAGCCGCCGGCUUCCGAAUCCCAAUCCACGACCCCUUUGCCGCUGUCGGGCCACUCGGCACUGAGCAUCCAGGAACUGGUGGCCAUGUCCCCUGAGCUGGACACCUAUGGCAUCACAAAGAGGGUCAAGGAAGUGCUAACGGACAACAAUCUUGGUCAGCGUUUGUUCGGGGAGACAAUCCUAGGCCUAACACAAGGCUCUGUCUCAGACCUUCUGGCUCGCCCGAAGCCCUGGCACAAGCUGAGUCUGAAGGGACGGGAGCCCUUUGUCCGCAUGCAGCUGUGGCUGAACGAUCCCAACAACGUGGAGAAGCUGAUGGAUAUGAAACGAAUGGAGAAAAAAGCCUACAUGAAACGGCGACACAGCUCUGUCAGCGACAGUCAGUCCUGCGAGUCCUCAUCCGCUGGCAUCGACUACAGCCAGGGGGCCAGCCCACAGCCCCAGCACCAGCUCAAGAAGCCCCGGGUGGUGCUGGCACCAGAGGAGAAGGAAGCUCUGAAACGAGCCUACCAGCAAAAGCCAUACCCAUCACCAAAAACCAUUGAGGAACUCGCUACGCAGCUCAACUUGAAAACCAGCACCGUGAUCAACUGGUUCCACAAUUACAGGUCUCGCAUCCGCCGGGAGCUGUUCAUCGAGGAGAUCCAAGCCGGGAGCCAGAGCCAGGCUGGGUCGAGCGACUCUCCGUCGGCCAGGAGCAGCAGGGCGGCUCACAGCUCCGAGGGGGACAGCUGCGACGGCGUGGACGCGGAAGGCCCUCCCGAGGGGAAGCCGAGUGGCCCGGAGGCGGAUGAGUACAGCAAUGCAACCGCAAAGUCUCAGGGAGGGCCCGCCGAGCCGGCUUUCGAGGCGGGGGAAGAGGCACUGCAAGGCGCCAGGUCUUCGGAGAAAGCGGAGCCGUUCCAGGCCGAGAGCCUGGAGGACACCGACGACGAGGGCCGGCUCAGAGCACCGCGCCAGAGCUCCCCGCCGGCACCGCAGCGCCCGGGAGAAGCUCUGGAGACACUGCCAAACUCUGCCACGGAAGGGGAUGCCUCUACCUCAGCUGCCUCCACCUCAGUCCUUACGGGGGAGAGCUCCUACAAGUCAAAAGAAAGUUCGGAGAAAACCUCCAGUGUGCCAAGUACGAGCUCGACGCCGGCCGCAGGCUCGCAGAAAGCCAACUCUCUCCAGAGCUUGUUCGGCUUCUCGGAGGCGGCGAGCUCCAGGAACACGCGAGACAGCUCCUUGAGGAAAAAGAAAGCGGCCAACUUGAACAACAUCAUCCACCGCUUGGAGAAGGCCGCGAGUCGGGAAGAGGCCGUCGAGUGGGAGUUUUGAGAUUAAACUGGCCCAACUCGGGAGAGCUGGGAAGUCAAACUGGACCUCUACUGGUUUUAUUGUGUUCGCACUUAACCGCCCUGCGGGCCACAGGGCAAAAACGCCAUAGGCCAAGGUGCAUAUAGAAAUCAAAAAGGAGCGUUAAGCCCAAUUUAUGUUUGUGUUUUCGAGGAAGAAAACUGAAAUGUGUAGUCGAGCUUUUUUGUACCCUGAAGUGUUUUUAUUAUUGCCCUAAGUGAUUUCCACGAUUUCUGGAAUAACUCAUACAGCUUUGCCUUGUGCCCUCCUCUUUGGUGUGGGGCUUUAAAAAAAUGAAAAACGGAAAAAGAAAAGAAAAAAAAAAACUAAAAAGGAAAAAAAAAAA